AUGCCAGCACAGAUCGACACGCAAUGGGAGCAGAUCACAGCCCUUCGCGCGGAAGGGAAGGACAUUCCGCUCUUUGGCGUCCCAUUUGCCGUCAAAGACAACAUUGAUGCGGCUGGGUUCUGCACAAAGGCGGCAUGUCCAUUAUUUGCAACAGAACCUUUCACCACAGACGCAACAGUAGUAUCUCGGCUCAAGAAUCAGGGGGUUAUUGUGGUCGCAAAGACAAACCUGGAUCAGUUCGCCACGGGACCCGUGGGCACCCGUCCACAGUGUGGAGCUGUUGCAAAUGUUUUUGAUCCUGACCGGGUCAGCGGCACCGACACGGCAGGAUCCGGUCGGGUUCCUGCUGGGUUCAACAAUGUUAUCGGCUUGAAGCCAAUACCUGGAGCUUUAAGUACACAUGGUGUCCUCCCCGCCUGUCGGACCCUAGAUUGCGUAUCCAUCUUUGCCCUGACUUUAGAGGAUGCGGAGCUGGUCUGA